GCCGCGCUGCCCCCGGCCCGCGGAGUGGCAGCGCAUGCGUACAUGAAAUAUUGACUCGGGAGCCCCGGGCGAGAAGAUGAAGCGAGUUUUUACUCUAUUAGAAAAGGCUUUGCUUGGUUCCCCUGUGCAGUUCAUCUGGCAGAAAACUUUAGGAAACUUCCUUGCUGUGACAGGAGCUGAUCACACUGUAAAAAUCUUUGAUCGUCAUGGUCAGAAGAGAAAUGAAAUUAACUUACCAAGCAACUGUGUUGCUAUGGACUGGGAUAAAGAUGGGGACACCUUAGCCAUAAUUGCUGACAAAUCUAGUACCAUUUAUCUGUGGGAUGCCAACACAAACAAAACAAGCCAGGUGGACGGUGGCAUGAGAGACCCAAUGUCUUUCUUGCUUUGGUCCAAAGUUGGAGCCUUACUUGCUGUUGGAACAACUAAGGGAAACUUGCUUAUUUAUAACCGACAGACUUCUCGCAAGAUUCCUGUCCUUGGUAAACACACCAAGCGGAUCACUUGUGGUUGCUGGAGUACUGAAAAUCUGCUGGCACUAGGUAGUGAAGACAAAAUGAUAACUAUUAGCAAUCAGGAAGGAGAUACUAUAAGACAGACUUCAGUGAGAUCGGAUCCCAGUGAUAUGCAGUUCUCAGUGAUGAAGACUGAUGAAAGAAUAUCAACCAGGGAAAGCACAGUAAGCGUGGUGGUUGGCAAGAAAACAUUGUUUCUUUUUAAUCUGAAUGAUCCUGAUAACCCAAUUGAUCUGGAAUUUCAGCAACGCUAUGGCAACAUUGUAACCUAUAGAUGGUAUGGUGAUGGCUACAUCAUGAUUGGCUUCUCACGUGGGUGCUUUGUUGUUAUUUCUACACACAUUCGUGAGAUUGGUCAAGAGAUUUUUCAAGCUCGCAAUCAUAAGGAUAACCUAACCAGCAUUGCAAUAUCACAAUCACUAAACAAAGCUGCAUCAUGUGGAGACAACUGCAUUAAGAUUCAUGACCUGUCAGAACUGAAAGAAAUGUAUGCUAUAAUAAACCUGGAUGAUGAAAAUAAAGGUCUAGAUCACCUGGCUUGGACAGAUGAUGGGCAGUUGUUGGCAGUGUCUACACAAAGAGGCUCACUCCACGUCUUCUUGACAAAGCUUCCAAUCCUUGGAGAUGCUUGCGGCACACGGAUUGCAUACCUCACUUCUCUUCUUGAAGUUACUGUGGCCAAUCAUGUUGAAGCAGAGCUACCAAUCACAGUUUCUGUUGAAGUGGAGCCAAACUUUGUUGCUGUAGGUCUUUAUCAUUUGGCUGUAGGAAUGAAUAAUCGUGCUUGGUUUUAUGUACUUGGAGAGAAUAGUGUAAAAAAGCUUAAAGACAUGGAGUAUCUGGGGACAGUAACCAGUAUAUAUCUUAAUUCUGACUAUGCUGCUGCACUCUUUGAGGGUAAAGUCCAGUUGCAUAUGAUAGAAGGUGAAGGUUUGGAUGCUCAGGAAGAACGAGAGACUCGACUUUUCCCAGCAGUGGAUGAUAAAUGUCGAAUCUUGUGCCAUGCUCUUACUGGUGAUUUCCUCAUCUAUGGUACAGAUACAGGUGUUAUUCACUAUUUCUACAUUGAAGACUGGCAAUACGUGAAUGAAUAUCGGCAUCCUGUCAGUGUGAGAAAAAUCUAUCCAGACCCCAAUGGAACCAGAUUGGUUUUCAUUGAUGACAAAAGUGAUGGCUUUGUGUAUUGCCCAGUAAGUCAAUUCAGGACAUUCAUUCCACUUUACUUACAAGCAGAGUUCUCUGUAAAUGAUGGUGUGCAUGAGAUCCCAAAUUUUCCACCAACCAUUAAAGGCAUUCUGUGGGAAAAUUGGCCAAUAGAUAAAGGUGUAUUUGCUGCUUACGAUGAUGAUAAAGUAUAUACUUACGUCUUCCAUAAGGAUACCAUACAAGGGUCCAAAGUUAUUUUGGCAGGUGGCACCAAGGUUCCCUUUUCCCACAAACCAUUGCUUUUGUAUAAUGGAGAAUUAACCUGUCAGACUCAGAGUGGGAAAACAAACAAUGUCUAUCUUAGUACUCAUAGUUUCCUUGGCAUUUUGAAAGACACCGGAUUUAAUGAGCUGAAACAAAUACUUACUCAGACUUUAAUGCUGAAAAGGUUUUCUGAAGCAUGGGAGGUAUGCAAACUUCUGAAUGAUCAAUCUGGUUGGAAUGAGCUGGCCAGAGCUUGCCUACAUCACAUGGAAUUGGAGUUUGCAAUACGUGUUUAUCGGACAGUUGGAAAUGUUGGGAUGGUGAUGUCACUAGAACAAAUAAAGGGAAUAGAAGACCACAACCUUUUAGCCGGACAUCUUGCCAUGUUUACUAAUGACUUUAAUCUGGCUCAGGAUUUAUAUCUGGCAUCCACCUGUCCUGUUGCUGCACUUGAGAUGAGAAGAGAUUUGCAGCACUGGGACAGCGCACUGCAGCUGGCUAAGCGUUUGGCCCCAGGCCAGAUCCCAUUCAUAUCAAAGGAGUAUGCUAUGCAGCUUGAAUUCACGGGUGAUUAUGUGAAUGCUUUGGCGCACUAUGAGAAGGGAAUCACAAAGGACAAUAAGUACCAGGAACAUGAUGAAGCUUGCCUAGCUGGAGUGGCUCAGAUGUCCAUUCGAAUGGGAGACAUUCGUCGAGGGGUUAACCAAGCCAUUAAACAUCCUAGCAGGCUGCUAAAGAGAGACUGUGGAGCCAUUCUGGAGAGUAUGAAGCAAUUUUCAGAAGCCGCCCAGCUAUAUGAAAAGGGGCAAUAUUACGACAAGGCAGCAUCAGUAUAUAUCCGCUGUAAAAACUGGGCAAAGGUUGGUGAGCUUCUCCCUUGUGUAUCAUCUCCAAAGAUUCACCUGCAGUAUGCCAAGGCAAAAGAAGCAGAUGGCAGAUAUAAGGAAGCGGUUGUCGCUUAUGAGAAUGCCAAACAAUGGGAUAAUGUAAUCCGGCUAUAUUUGGAUCAUCUUAACAAUCCUGAAAAAGCUGUUAGUAUUGUCAGGGAAACACAGUCUCUCGAUGGAGCCAAGAUGGUAGCCAGAUUCUUUCUGCAGUUGGGUGACUAUGGUUCUGCCAUCCAGUUUCUGGUCAUGUCUAAGUGUAAUAAUGAAGCUUUCACACUGGCCCAACAGCACAAUAAGAUGGAGAUUUAUGCUGACAUCAUUGGUUCUGAGAGUACUACCAAUGAAGAUUAUCAGAGUAUUGCACUAUACUUUGAAGGAGAAAAAAAACAUUUUCAGGCGGGCAAGUUCUUUUUGCUGUGCGGUCAGUAUGCCCGGGCACUAAAACACUUUCUGAAAAGUCCAACCACAGAAGAUAACAUGGCUAUAGAAAUGGCUAUUGAAACAGUGGGACAGGCAAAAGAUGAAGCACUAACCAAUCAGCUGAUAGACUACCUUAUGGGGGAGAGUGAUGGCAUGCCCAAGGACGCCAAGUAUCUGUUCCGCUUGUACAUGGCACUAAAGCAAUACAGAGAAGCUGCCCGAACUGCCAUAAUAAUUGCCAGGGAGGAGCAGUCUGCAGGAAACUACCGAAAUGCACAUGAUGUUCUUUUUAGUAUGUAUUCAGAACUCAAAACCCAGAAAAUUAAAAUUCCUUCUGAGAUGGCUACAAAUCUUAUGAUUCUACACAGCUAUAUUUUAGUAAAGACUCAUGUUAAACGUGGAGAUCACAUGAAGGGUGCACGCAUGCUUAUUCGUGUAGCCAACAACAUCAGCAAGUUCCCAUCACACAUUGUCCCAAUCCUGACGUCAACAGUGAUUGAGUGUCAUAGAGCAGGAUUGAAAAACUCAGCUUUCAGUUUUGCUGCUAUGUUGAUGAGACCGGAGUACCGCAAUAAAAUAGAUCUUAAAUACAAAAAGAAGAUUGAAGCAAUGGUCAGACGACCAGACACAUCUGAGGCAGAAGAGCCAACUACACCAUGCCCAUACUGUGAAUUCCUGCUUCCAGAGUGUGAACUCCUCUGCGCUGGAUGUAAAAACAAUCUCCCAUAUUGCAUUGCAACUGGUCGGCAUAUGGUAAAAAAUGACUGGACAGCCUGUCCAAAUUGUGACUUCCCUGCCCUGCACUCUGAGUUCAAAAACAUGUUGCAGAGUGAAAAUAUAUGUCCAAUGUGUUCAGAAAGAGUUAGCAUUGUCCAUCUUAAGAAGAUAGCUGACUGCACACCAUAUCUCAACCCAGAAGAAAUGGAACAGUGAAUUUAUUCAAAGCCACCAGCUUAGAGCUAGGUUUCAAAGGCAAAGUCUUAUUCUCUGACUCCACGGCUUUACCAACAGACGUUUCUGGAU